AUGGCUAGCGCUUCGCGAUCAGGGGCUGGCUCUCCAUCGCACGAGAUGCCCGGCUCCAGCAGGCUGUUCUCCAAGAGAGCCCGGGAAAUUCAAGCCCAGGAAGGCGUGCCUGGAUUGCCGCUGAAUCCCUGGGGCGGCCCGCCGACGAGCGGCAACUCUACGCCCCUGCGCGAGAACAUUCCCGAAUCGCCAACCGAUGGCUUCCCCGACUUUGCUCAACUCCCCACACCCGACUCCCUGCCCCAGACGAGACGCGCCCGUGCUGGAACUGUCCCGUCACGAUUCUCGCCUGGCGGCGUCGGUGGCGGUCUGCUCAACGUGCCGGCGAUGGCUCCCAAAUCGUCUCGUCCAACGCCGUCCCACAGCCCCUUCAAGUCUCCGUCGCCUGGCCUCGAGCCGACGGAGACGGCAUCCAACAACUCGGCGUUGCUCUCGCGACUCCGUGCCGGAUCAAUGCCCCAACGCAGUCCCUUCGCACAGAUUCCGGGCACCAGCUCGCCUUUUGGUCCCUCCAUCUUCAGCAGCUGGAACCCCACCGGAACUGGUCGUGAUCGCGGCAUGACGCUGGCGAGUAUUGCAAGCAUUGGUUCGACCAACGGCCCGAGCUCGCCCACGCAGUCCCAGAUCUCUAGAGAAGGCGGCGGGGACAGCGAUGUCCAUAUGAGGACACUUGACUACCUUGGACUUGCCGAAACGCCUCAGCCACCUCGCGCGCAGUUGGCGACCCCGUACAUUCCGAGCUUCAACGACUUUACUAAGGCUAAUCGCUUUCGCUCGUACUCUGUGAACAACAAGGACAAGUACGCCGACGAAGAGGAGGAUGACUUUGAGGAGAACAUGACUCUCGAAAGUCAAUACGUGGCUCAUCUCCAGGACCAGCUGGCGGCUACGAACGCGGCGAUUCAUAACCAUAAUCUGGCCGUGCAAGCUUUCGCAACUCAGGCGACUCGCCCUCGUGCUCGUACAGCCGGUGUCCUCGACACGCCUGGCUCUCGCCUGAUGCGCACCUACAUGUCAGGAAAUGCGGGCAUGGGUAAUGCAAUCCCUCCCGCCGAGAUUCGCCUGCCAGAUGAGAAGGAGUUUGAUGAUCUUCCCCAAGCUGUUGCCGCCAUGAACCUCGGGCGGUCAAGCAGCCGUAACGCCAACCUGCUCAAUGCGGAGGAUCAGGGGUUGGAGGGACCUACGAGCGCCCUUUGGCUUGGCAGCAUUCCCACCUCUACCACGACAUCAACUCUGACCGAGAUGUUCAAGUCUUACGGCCCCAUUCUGUCCGCUCGUGUUCUCACGCACAAGAACUGCGGUUUUGUGAAUUUCGAGCGCAUGGAGAGUGCCAUCACUGCGAAGGCCAGCAUGAACGGCAAGGAAAUCUUCCCUGGCGCUGGCCCCAUCCGCAUCAACUUUGCCAAGCCUCCCUCUGCCUCCAACACGCCGGGCCAUGACGGCGUUUUCCCGUCUCCUAGCCCCGACCCCUUCGCGAAGAACCAGGACGCCGCGUCUGGCGCUGCUUCCGGCGCUGCCGCCGACAAUGCUCCCGCAGCUGCGCAACCCGCCAACGCUGCCCCCACUGUGCCUCCCCUGAACGAGAUGACGAACGACAUCCUGCGAAUUGUGAAGCAGUUCCAGGCCUCGGACGAGGACUCGGCCAAGAUCUCCCGCAGCCUCCAGUCUGCCAUUCAGUUCAACAACUUUAUUGACGAGAUUCCCCCCAUUAGGGAGCCGGCUCACACUCGUGUUCAUGACGCCCCGCGGCUGAGAGAUAUCCGCAAGCGUAUUGACAACCAGAGCUUGUCCCAGGCCGAGAUCGAGACGACCGCUCUCGACAUGCUCCCCGAAAUCGCCGAACUUUCUUCUGAUUAUCUCGGUAACACUGUCGUGCAAAAGCUCUUCGAGCACUGCUCUGACGACCUUCGGGAUGCCAUGCUUGCCGAGAUCGCUCCUCAUAUGGCGGAGAUUGGUGUACACAAGAAUGGAACAUGGGCUGCCCAGAAGAUCAUCGACGUCUGCAAGACUCCUCAUCAGAUGACCCUGAUCGUGGAGCACCUGCGACCUUACACUAUCCCGCUGUUCCUGGAUCAGUACGGCAACUACGUCCUUCAAGGCUGCCUGAAGUUUGGUGCUCCUUUCAAUGACUUCAUCUUCGAGACCAUGCUCAGCCGGAUGUGGGAGAUCGCACAAGGUCGGUACGGUGCUCGUGCCAUGCGUGCUUGCUUGGAAAGUCACCACGCCACCAAGGAGCAGCAGCGCAUGCUCGCUGGCGCCAUUGCCCUUCACAGCGUACAGCUUGCCACCAACGCCAACGGAGCUCUGCUUUUGACCUGGUUCCUGGACACCUGCACGUUCCCUCAGCGACGGACGGUUCUGUCACCGCAGCUUGUUCCUUGCCUGGUACACCUGUGCACCCACAAGGUCGCGUAUCUCACGGUUCUGAAGGUCAUCAACCAGAAGGCUGAACCCGAGGCGCGGGAUACCAUUCUCAAGGCUCUCUUCUUCACGCCCAAUGACCAGGUUCUUGAGGCGAUUCUGAGCGACCAUGCUUGUGGUGCCACUUUGAUUUUCAAGGUCCUCACCACGCCGUUCUUCGACGAGAGCAUCCGUAGCCAGGUGGUCGAGAACGUCAAGAACGUUCUGGUCCGCAUCAAGGCCCAGCCCGGUCAAGGCUACAAGCGCUUGAUGGACGAGGUUGGUCUGUCGACUCGCAACAGCGGUGGCGGUGCUCGCGACCACGGUCACGGCAACUCCAACAACAACGAGCAGCGUCAGCGGCCGGCUUCCCGCCAGGCCAACAUGAACAACCACCACCAGCAGCAAGCGGCCCACAUGAACAAGCAGCAGCAGUUCUACAACCCGUUGAACGCGCCCGUGAACGCCUCCAACUACGAGUUGGGCUUUUCGGGCCAGCGUAACGAGCCUGCUGAGGGGGCCAUGCCGCCAUUCCCCCCGUACGGCGUGCAGAACCCCAUGUACAACCCGUCCAACUCCCCAAUGCCGACCCCUGCCAACCUUCAACAGCUGCAAUACCAGCAGAACAUGAUGAACCGUGGUACGCCCCCCAUCAACAACUUCUUCCCGCCGAUGCAGGCCGGCUUUGGUGGCUACAACAGCCCAAGCCCGUCAAUCGACCAGUACCGCAGCCAAAACCUGGCCAACGGCAGUCCCAUCCAGCCGCCGGCUCAAAUCCCUCAGAUGCCGCCCGGUCAGGCACCGUACGCACCUCCCGGAUUCGGAAUGAACAUGGGCAUGGGAGGAUUCGGAUACGGAGGAAACAUGGGAGGCAUGCAGAACAUGGGAUACAUGCAACAGGAGCAGGUCAACGGAAGACGUGGCCGCGUAGGUCAACCCCUGCCUAACCCCAUCGGUGUCCAGAGACAUCACUAA